GUCCCGAUUCAGGCGGGGGGGUUGGGGAUAGCUGUCAAGGGGUCCUGGCGGGUUGUCAUUGGGCGAGUGACCGCCGUGCGGGGAGGCCAUGGCGCAUCGCAGGCUCUUGGCGCGGCUCCUGGUUGCAGUGGAGCGGAGCGGAGUGAGACACUGCUACACCGGCUCAAGGCAAAACCUCUACAUAGACAAAGCAACAAAAGUCAUUUGCCAGGGUUUUACUGGAAAGCAGGGAACAUUCCACAGCCAGCAGGCUUUGGAAUAUGGUACUAAUCUAGUAGGAGGAGUGUCACCAGGGAAAGGGGGUAGAAGCCACUUGAAUUUGCCUGUCUUCAAUUCAGUUAAAGAGGCCAAAGAAAGCACAGGAGCUGAUGCAUCUGUUAUCUACGUACCUCCCCCAUUCGCUGCUGCUGCCAUCUUUGAGUCGAUUGAAGCAGAGAUUCCACUGGUGGUUUGCAUCACGGAAGGAAUCCCACAGCAGGACAUGGUACGGGUGAAACAUCGACUCCUUCGCCAGAAUAAGACUCGUCUCAUUGGCCCGAACUGUCCAGGAGUAAUAAAUCCUGGAGAGUGUAAAAUUGGAAUCAUGCCUGGACACAUCCAUAUGAAAGGACGAAUUGGUAUUGUUUCAAGAUCUGGUACACUAACAUAUGAAGCGGUUCACCAGACAACGCAAGUUGGCCUGGGCCAGUCUCUCUGUGUUGGUAUUGGUGGAGAUCCUUUCAAUGGAACGGACUUCAUUGAUUGCCUUGAUGUUUUCCUGAAGGACCCCAAAACAGAAGGCAUUAUUCUAAUCGGAGAGAUUGGAGGCAGUGCUGAGGAGAAUGCAGCAGAUUUUUUGAAACAGCACAACAUGGGGCCCAAUGCUAAGCCAGUAGUCUCGUUCAUUGCUGGUCUUACUGCACCGCCAGGCCGGAGAAUGGGGCAUGCUGGUGCCAUCAUUGCUGGAGGUAAAGGUGGAGCAAAGGAAAAGAUUGCUGCCCUUCAGCAUGCUGGUGUGAUUAUCAGCAUGUCUCCUGCCAAGCUGGGUAGCACCAUACAGAAGGAGUUUGAGAAGAGGAAGCUGCUGUAAAUAUCCUACAAAAAUGCUCUUGAUAACAAGAAAAAGAAGCUUCUUGCACAAUUCAGUGCCUCGAUCGUCCAUCUCACUUUCAAUCACCUGGAUGAAAUGACUGAAUCUGUGUUAAAACAGAACAGAGCCAUAUACAUAUGUUUUGUCUAUUUUGUCUGAAUCUGUGAACUAGAUGAAUCACCCUCAUGGAAAAUAAAUAGUUUAAAAACCAAA